GGCGGUCAUAGGUUCAGGUCGUGGAACAACCUCUAUUGAAAGAGUCAGGGUGAUACUGGUAAUGUCAAACCCUUGGUCACAGAUUGAUGGGAGUCCGCAUACACUGGACAGGUGCAACCAUGAUGGAUGAAAUGGAUCUUCUCAGUGAGCAGAUAAAGAUGCUAGCUGGGGAGGUAGCACUGUGCACAAGUUCUUUAAAAAGAUUAGCCGAGCAAGCUUCCAAUAACCCUGAAGAUUCAAAUAUCCAGGAGCAAAUGCAGAAGUUAAGAGAUGAAACAAAUGAAAAGAAGAUCUUGCUGCAUGUUCUUGAGCAGAGAAUGAUUGGAUCUCUUGAUGAUUCUCCGCAUUCUUCAAAUAGUAUUAAAGUAUCACAGAAUCUUUCAAAGCUGGCCACUCAGUUGAGUGAGAAGGAAUUUGAGCUUGAGAUUAUGUCUGCUGAUAAUAGAAUUCUUCAAGACCAGCUGCAGAUGAAGAUGUCUGAUAAUGCCAAGCUUGAGGAAACUAUUAAAACACUAAAUGAGCAGCUCAACUAUUUUAUAGGUAAAACCAAAGAAGACGGAUAUAGCCUAUGUAAUAACACGUUGGUAAACACUUAUUUAGGAAAUGAGGCAGAAGGGAUAUCCUUGUUAACUGAAUCUUCUCCAACGAAACAUUUUUCAAUAUCCACAAAUGACGAAUCUAAGGGAUGUAGUAGUGAGCUAUCCUUGAGGACCCAGGUUCUCAUGCAGGCUGCUGAGAUUGAGAAUCUGAAGCAAAAAAGUUUAAGAUUAGCUGAAGAAAAGGAUGGUCUUCAAAUUCAUUCUCAAAAGCUGGCUGAGGAAGCUUCUUAUGCCCGAGAAUUGGCUGCAGCUGCAGCAGUUGAGCUUAGAAACUUAGCUGAAGAGGUUACAAAACUUUCUUAUGAAAAUGCAAAAUUGAAUGAUAACUUGGCUUCCUCUAUGGAAAAAGCUACUGGUGGAGUUAAUAACUCCCAGAUGCAUGUCUUGCUUGAUGGGAAGGAUGCUGAUGAUUACUUUAAGAAUUCAGAAGACAGUGUUCUCGUUGAGGAGUUGAGAAAAGAGCUACUAAGAAGAUGUGAGAGAGAAUCUUCACUAGAGGCUGAGUUGUCUCUUAAACAGGAAAGAGAAUGUGAACUACAAAAAAGUAUUGAUGAAUCCAAACAACACGAACAAGAUUUAGAAAAUGAACUCGCAAGCAUGUGGGUACUUGUCGCUAAACUUAAGAAAAGUGGUAUGGUUUCUGAUGAAUCCCUGUCUGUGUGGUUUGGUGAACCGGAACUAUUAAGAAAACGUUCUUCAAUAACAAAUGGUUGUUCUAGAGGAAGGCUUAAUGGGGAAUGUUUCUCUGAUUAUUUGUAUGAAGAUCAAAUAACCAACUUUGAGGAAAUGAGAUCUGCUUUUGAAUAUGAAAAAAGGCGGUGCAAAGAACUUGAAGGAAUCAUUUCUAAGUUGAAGGUAUGUUUUUUUUCCCUGAUAAUAGCAUGGUUUUCAGUCUUUGUUGGCCAGAGGAUUUCAGGUAAUUUCUCUUUUUUGUCUGAUCAAAUUGCUGUAUUCUUGUUUCUUAAUUGGUCAAGUUAUCCCGUACUAGUUUUUUUAGUAGAUAUUUUUUUUACAUAUUUAUCAUAAUUCAUAGGACAUCUA